AUGGAUACUCAGACUGACUUGACCCAAGAUAUCAUCGGCCCUAACAGCGCUUUUGUUUCCCAAUCUGAAACCUUCCCAAAAAGGUUCACUGACAUUAGCCCGGAAGAUAUCGAGGACAAAACCACACGCGCUACAGAGCUCGUGAGGCAGGCUCUGGUAGCAGAAUGUGGAGUCCCAGUUACAGAGUCUUCCACGUCCAUGUGGCGUAUCCUUGGAGGCUUAGGGAACCAUGACUUGUCUGCGAUGCGGGAAGCAUUGGGUAUGCCAACCAAAGUUCUGGGAGCAAAUCUUGGGUAUCCCUUUUGGAAUGUGCUUUUCCAAUAUCCCGGCUUUGCAGUGAGCUAUGCAUCCGGGAUGGACUCCGUCCCUCGCUUCGACGCCCAUAUUGAAAUAUACAGUCAAAUCAAAUCGGUCCGCAUGCAGUACGACACUCCCUACGUGAAAGGGCUUCCGACUACCUUGCACAUCUGUGAAAAGGUUGGCGAUGGGUACCGUGAAACUAUCAUUCGCAGAACCUACGAAGAUCCUUACACUUUACAGCUCAAAGAGCUAUAUAGUUGGGUAGUGCAUGGAACUCUAGUUGAAACCACCGUUGAAGAUGCGGAGCUUGACAGCCAAAUCUUUCAAAUGAUCAUGAAAGCCGGAGGUUACACUGCGUGA